GCGGGCGACGAGGUUGCAGCUCCGUCGGCGCGACUCUCUGCUUCGGCGUUCGUGAUUUGUCUCGAGCUUUUUUUCCCCCCCUUUGCUUUUUCUUUUUUUUUUUUCUUUUGCGAUGUUUUUCGCGGACGACGAGCGUAAAAUGGUUCCGCGGAGAAAUGCAGCUCGGCCCUGAGGAGAUCCCCGCGGAGCCACAAGAGGCCACGAAACAGCGGAGAGAGUAGCGGCGGCGUUGGCGGCGGCGCCGCGUGAGGCUCAGGGCGAGGAGCAUGACUGAGCAGCAGGAGCAGAGCGAAGAAACAGGCCUGCUCUCAACUCAGGGCCUGGACCCCUCCAAGGACGACGACACACACGGCCACUUCAGGUUUCAGCUGAUUGAAGACCUGUCCUACGAAGACGUGAAGAAAUGUUACAGGGGCUCGUGUGUGUCUUGCAGCAGCUUGCUCCAGGCCUUGGAUGUGCGCGAGUGUGUGUGUGUGUACGGUGCCAACGUGCUGAGCCUGGUGCAGAACUCACGUCCCUUGAGGGAGAGGGUGGUGUCUGCGGCGAGCGGAGCCGGAGUGGCCGGUGGUGGCGGAGUGGCCGGUGGUGCCGGCGGUGCUAGUGCUGUGCAGGCCGGCCGGUCCACCAAGGAGCUGCUCAUGACUCUGCCCUGUCCCUCUGCGCAGACUGUCAGCAAGUACAACUCGCAGUACCACAAACUGUUCCAGUGUGUGCCCAAGGAUGAGAUACUCAUGAAAGUGUACUCCUGUGCUCUUCUCAGAGAUAUUCUUCUACAAGGCCGGCUCUACAUUUCCAGAAACUGGCUGUGUUUCUAUGCCAACCUCUUUGGCAAAGACAUCAAGGUGGCGAUCCCUGUCAUUUCUGUGAGGCUGGUGAAGAAGCACAAAACAGCGGGCCUCGUGCCCAAUGGCUUGGCUAUCACCACAGACACCAGCCAGAAGUAUGUAUUUGUAUCUUUGCUAUCAAGAGACAGUGUAUAUGACGUCCUUCGCAGGAUCUGCACACACCUACAGGUCAAUGGGAAGAGUCUGAGCUUGAAGCAGUUCAUGGAGGAGCCGACCUUAUCGUUGGACGAGUUCCCCGCUCCAGACGAAUUCCCAGUGGUUGACGAAUUCCCAUCAGUGUUAAAGUGGAGAAGAAAACCCUCAGUGGUGUCUGUGUCCUCCUCCCUCCCUGACCUCCUGGGGAACUCCACGAGCAGCCUGAGCGCCACAGACACACCCUUCAAAUCAGAACAGCUGCUGGAAGAGCGAGCCCUGCAGACAGACAGAGGUCUUUUAUCAGAGCCAGUGGCGGAGCUGGGCCAGAUGGAGUACCAGCUGCUCAAGUUCUUCACCCUGCUUAUUAUCCUCCUCAUCCUGUCGUCCUGCUACUUGGCCUUUCGUGUGUGCAGUUUGGAGCAACAGCUGUCCUUCCUCAAUAACCCAAAUCUGCCCCUGAGAGAGAGGUAACCACUGCUCUCCGCUGUGACCCAUCGGAUUGGCUGCUCUUUCCUCUUCUCAUGCCCGACACCAGCUGCAACACAUGAAGGAGCAACGUCAACCCGACUCCGGGCAUCUUACGAACCUUCUCACCACGGAAUGAGUUCCUAUUCAGUGAUCACUUUCAGACUAUGCAAACAGACUGUCUAUUUAUUUUUUAAUAUAAAGUAGGUUUUACUUUAGAACAUGAUUGUCUACCAUGGCCUGUCCCUCUCAUAGACAUGUCAUCUUUAACCACAUGACGCUGCAGUGUAAAUAGAUCCUCAAAUAGACAGCAGAUUACAGUUGAACCCGCUGUUUGUGGCACUGAUGAAGGUAGAGGCGGUGAUGGAGACUAGAGGUGAGGUUGGUGCUGGAGGAUGGAAAGGUAAGAGAUAAUUCAACACAUUGAUUACUUGAAAAGACUGAUAGCAAAAACAUUUCAGGUGAGUUGUGGUGUUUGCAGUCAUGACUCAUCAAUUAAUAUGUGACAUAUUCUGACAACAAGAGGACUAAACAAAAUGUUUUUCUUUCUGGUGAGAUCUUGCCAUAGCCCUCAGAAGAAGGCUAAAAUUAGCUACUACAAUGCACUUUUUAAAAUAUGUCCACAUUAUUUCAAAUUUUAAAAAAUCUUGUUAAUAGGUACUCAGUUGUCAUUUUUGAAAGUAUUUAUGGAAGGAAGUCAUGUUAUGACUACAGACUCUUGACUGAUUGAAGUUACCUGUCAUUUAACUCUGAUAUAGUGGAGCAAUAACACCAAUUGUGGAUGUUAAAUAUAAUGUGAAUAAGAUGGUUAGAUGACAUGCAUGAUUUUUGUUUUUAGUUGUACCCAUCUGCUGAGUGAAAGGAGUGCCCAGGGUGUUUUUUACACCAAAGACUCAGAAAUGACACAGGGGGCUCUGAGUGUUCAUGAUACAAUAUCUUUGUCUGAAGAUAUUUUACUAAUUUUGCAAAGAUGGAUGAAAUGUAAUCCUUGACUUGUUUGUGAAAUCACUAUGAAUUAAAUUG